GCGCGCUUCGGCAUUCGUGCUGGGAGGCUCGCGGCGCGGCGCCGUUACUCGCAGUCGGGCGGCGGCGCAGGCGGCGGCGGCAGCGGCUCGGCACAGCGCUCAGCGCACCCCGCGCCUUAGCAGCAGCAGCAGCCGCAGCAGCAGCGGAGGCUCCCGCCGUCUCAGCCCCGCGCUGGUGCAGGCUCCCUCGGUCCUUCGGCGCUUCCUCCCUCCGUUCGCACCAUGGCUGAUCAACUGACUGAAGAACAGAUUGCUGAAUUCAAGGAAGCUUUCUCCCUAUUUGACAAAGAUGGCGAUGGGACCAUCACAACAAAGGAACUUGGCACCGUCAUGAGGUCACUGGGUCAGAACCCAACAGAAGCCGAAUUGCAGGAUAUGAUCAAUGAAGUGGAUGCUGAUGGCAAUGGCACCAUUGACUUCCCAGAAUUUUUGACUAUGAUGGCUAGAAAAAUGAAAGAUACAGACAGCGAAGAAGAAAUCCGCGAGGCAUUCCGAGUCUUUGACAAGGAUGGCAAUGGGUACAUCAGUGCGGCAGAACUACGUCAUGUCAUGACAAACUUAGGAGAAAAACUAACAGAUGAAGAAGUAGAUGAAAUGAUCAGAGAAGCAGAUAUUGAUGGAGAUGGACAAGUCAACUAUGAAGAAUUCGUACAGAUGAUGACUGCAAAAUGAAGACCUACUUUCAACUUUUCCCCACCUCUAGAAGAAUCAAAUUGAAUCUUUUACUUACCUCUUGCAAAAAAAAAAAAAAAUCAUUUACUCAUUCUGUUUCUAUAUAGCAAAACUGAAUGUCAAAAGUACCUUCUGUCCACACACACAAAAAAUCUGCAUGUAUUGGUUGGUGGUCCUGUCCCCUAAAAGAUCAAGCUACACAUCAGUUUUACAGUAUAAAUCCUCGUACUACCUUAACGAUAAGGAAGCACUUAGUGGACUCCUUGCAGUUCCAUUUGCUAAUGAUUAAUACACUGUUUGGGCUGGCCAGUUUUUCAUGCAUGCAGCUUGACAAUUGAGCACAGUCAGGCAUUUGUAUUAAAAACGAAAAACGAAAAAACAAAUUCAAAACCUAUUCAGAUGGGUUCUAGUUCAGUUUGUUAGUAGAAGUUGUCCUAGCUUGGUUUGCUGAAAGCAAACACAUUUAAAAUUGGUUUACCUCAGGCUGUUGUGUAGAAAAAUGGGUGAAGGAUAAACUGUCUAGACGUAGCCCCACUAGCAGGAUGAUGGUCCCUCUUGUACUUUCAUGUGCCCCGACCCAUGGUGACGGCGAGGCAUCCUGCUGGCAUGCCCGCGUGUGUUGGUUUAGCGUUGUCUGCGUUGUGCUAGUGCGAAAUGGGUGUCAGGCUGUCACCAUUCACACAAAUUUUUAAAAAAGAAACUUUUACCAAGGGAGCAUCUUUGGACUCUCUGUUUUUAAAACCUCCUGAACCGUGACUUGGAGCCAGCAGAGGUAGGCUGUGGCUGUGGACUUCAGCACAACCAUCAACAUUGCUGUUCAAGAAAUUACCAUUUAACGUCCAUUCCAAGUUGUGUAAAUGCUAGUCUUUUUAUUUUAUUUUAUUUUCCAAUAAAAAGACCAUUAACUUAAAGUGGUGUUAAAUGCUUUGUAAAGCUGAGAUUCAAACGGGAACAAGGCAGUUGGAGGGGGAGGCCCAGUGCACCUGUAACUGCUCCCAGCCCAGCAUUGGGUUUCCCUCCCCCGCUCCCUCCCAGCAUCCCAGCACCAACCUCCGAGCUGAGACCUCGCCUAAAACCAAGCAAAUUUCGACUGCUUCAUCAUGUUUAUGGACAUGGAGGUCUAUUGUGUUUUCACCCGGGGGGGGGAGGGGGGACAGUGAAUCAUGGUAGCUUAAUGAUUAUUCAGAUAGUAGAGCUCUUAAUGAAGGAAAAAAACCCACUUUCUCUCAAGCAUGUAUUUAGGGGUUUGUCUCAGUCGUGCUGCUGAUUACCUGUUUUAUGUAACUAGAGACCAUCUGUGCAAGAGACAUGAUUCAGUGUGUCUGUAACUCAAUCCUCGCUGUGUGUGGUAGAAGCAGUAGUCACUUUUCUAAGCCAGUCUCUUCAUGCCUAAAAGACACUACCAGUCACCUUUUGAUUCACGAUUAUUUUUAAGUUAUGAUUAUCCUCUACCGUAGCCUCCUUUUACUUUUUAAAAAAAGUUGACUUGACUUUGCUUUCCCCCCCCCCAAGUAGAACUAAUGGUAGCCCUCAGCUUGAAAGUAAACCACCACCCCAGAGGGAAUGUUGUGUCUAAUUAUAAACCUGUAACCAAAACGAAGAUGCUGGUACUGGUCUUGGCCGUGGGAUUGGUCUGCUUUUAAAAAGCCCCUUUGAAGGCACGUUGCAUUUUGCAGAACUCUUUGAAAUGAAGGCUGGAUGUGCAUUUUUUCAGGGUGUUAACUGGUGGUGUCUUAUUAGCAAGGAGGUUUGGGUUCUGAGUGUGUGUGUGGGAGGUUUUAAUUUGCCAGGGAACAGUGGAACAGUGGCAGGCUGCGCGCGCGAGGCAGUGAGGAGCUCUUGGCAGCCAGCUGGGUGCAUUCAGGGCUGAUUUAUAGAGACCCUUGGCUUCUCCCUCUCCUACUCCCUGCCUCUCUGGCAUUUUGCAGCUUGUUAGAUUUCCUGCCAGAGGGGUGGGUCAGAGCCGUGGAGAGGAGCCCGCCCAUCUGCCUCUGCGACUGGUCCUUAGACUCAGUGGUUGGUGGAAGAGAGGUUGACAUCAUGAGCUAGGUUUGCCUUUCAUCAUUUCCUGAAUCUGGAAGGAACACCUAAGAAUACCUUGGGGGUUCUGAUGAGCUAGGAGGAGUGAGGGCUCCUGGUUCGAAUAAGUUACAGACCUGGAUGUUUCUUGCAGGGAGUUCCAAUAGCCUGCCUGUUGACCCAGUCUCAGGCCUGUGGGAGAUGGCCUCUUGGUAAUUCCAAAGAGGGUUGGGGGUGACUUGACUUGCUGGAAACUUUGCCUUCUAUCUCUCUAGAACAGUGGUGGCGAACCUAUGACACACGUGUCAGAGGUGACACGCGAACUCAUUUUUUUUGGUUGAUUUUUCUUUGUUAUGUGGCAUUUAAAUAUAUAAAAUAAAUGUCAAAAAUAUAAGUCUUUGUUUUACUAUGGUUGCAAAUAUCAAAAAAUUUCUAUAUGUGACACGGCACCAGAGUUAAGUUAGCGUUUCUCAAAAUGCUGACAUGCUGAGCUCGAAAGGUUCGCCAUCACUGCUCUAGAAGCUGGGUGGACUCCAUUUCCGUGGUCCCACAGUCUUUCCUACGAGACUACUUUGGAACUAGAUUCUGAAAGGGCCAGGAUCCUGUGGGCACAGCAGCUUUCCCCAGGGAAUGUGGAGGUGCAGCCAGGCGCACUGUAGCCUUUUUCCUCUGGUGUUGGAGGGGACGGCCAGCCCGGGGGCGAGGUGUUUGCAGUCUGCGUGAGUUUGAGAGAGGAAAGAGCUGGAUGUCGUGGCAGUACUUCUUGCAAGAGGGUUAGCACCUUCCCGUAAACUCUUGCCCCUCCUCCUAACUGCUCUAUACAUGUACACACAUAUAUAUAUUUAUAUAUAUAAAGUGACUAGUUUAACUGGCAUCCCGCUUGAGCCUGAGACUUGCCGUAAAAAUCUGCUGAGUACUUGGCAAACCCUUUCCUAGUUUCAUUCGCCAUCUGUUUGGGGUAGGUGUUGAGCAAGGCAAAUGUAGCUUGAUAUUUCGGAUGAGCUUUUAAUGCACCGUUGCCAAGGAAGGCUUUUUUUUUUCUGAUUUUUUUGACAAAAUGAAUUUUUGCACACUUUAAUUGGUGUCUUUCAGCAACUUAAACACAUUGAAAAUUAGCUACUGUACAUAUUUUUAUAUUCUCUUUAUAAAUGCAUGUCUGACUGUACCUGUAACCGUAUUGUUAACGAGUGGCUGUCCAGUAGGCCUGGCGCUGCUGUGGCCCGUCGGAGUAGCAGCAUAUUGUUAGCCCCUCAGCAUACUGGGAACUUCUUCCUAAACCGAGAAUGUAAAUUUGGUCAAUCUGCUCUUUGUUCAUUCGAUUACUUUAAAACAUUUGAACUAAUUAUUGUAUAUCUUCAAUAAUCCUUUUAUUGUAUAUCCUAAAUUUACCCUUCUGGCAGUGACUAGAUUCCAUGAAUGUGUCUUACUCUAUCCCUUCAGCUAACAAUGACUAUUUCCUUUUUUUUUAAAUCCCUUGAAGUUGUCCUGUAGGAGACACUUGGCUGUCUGUAUCCCUUGGAGUGAGAAGGUAGUGGCAUGGGUGGCGUGCGUGCUCUCUCCAGAUCUAUUAUAAUGUUCAUUAAACACGUCUGUGGCCAAGAUGGUGGUAGUUCUUUGGUUACUGAAGUUUCCCUUCACCGUGGCGAUUUGCAAAGGAGAAAAUGUACUUGAAAGUUUCUGUAAAUCUUGAGAUAAACUGUUUGGAGAUUUUACCACCUCUCUGAUGGGGGACCAACUCUAUGGAAAUUGUAAAUAAGUUUUAUUUAUAAACCUGGCACUGUAUUCAAUAAACAUUUCUGCAGCCUUUCAUCUCUAA